GGCAGACUAGAUGAAUCGCAACUUUUCGCAUUGAGGUAUGGUACUAUUCAACAACACAGCUUACAACUAAUGUUAAAAGGGGCAAAAUCUAGUGAGUGCUUCAAGAUUGCUCGUGAGGGAAUUCAAUCAUUAUGUGAAAAGUUGGACAUGGUGGACACUGGCAACGUGGACAUACCCGGCAUUAAUAGACCGAAGGCGAAUGAAAUUUUGUUGGAC